CACAUGUCGCUGCGGUUUAAGCCCCGGAGUCUGAAGAGUACUCCUAUUUCCAUAUUGGGACUGUUUUUAAUACAUCGGCGGUGGGUAUGGAUGAUGCCUCCUGAGAGCGAACGGAGCUCGCUUAUACCACUGAGCAGCACUCUUGUUCAAGAGUCCAUACUCAAAGAGCGUCUGAAAGAGGGGUUUCAGGUGCUGAUGUCCGACAACGGGGUACAUCUGCUUGCGCUCGAGGUAACUAUGGUACAGGCUGCGCACGAGAACGGCAUAGAUGCAGACACGCUGUCGAAUGUCCCGGGAAUGCCUGGAGAGGAAGCCCACGUGCACACCAACGCCAGAGGAGAGGGCUCGUGUGCGGAUGGCAAACGCACCACGUGUGUGCUGCAGUUUAUGGUGUUCCCGCAGCCGAAGCACAACAAAGUGGUGACGGAGCUUUGGCUCGAUCCGCAGGCAGGGACUAUCGUAGGUUGCCAUGGCAACCUCGCCUAUCUGAACGGCGCAAGCUACCAAGAUGCCCAUCCACUGAUGCAUGCAAAGGAUCAGUGCCUGGUGAGCUCGUUGCUGAUGUUCGAUUACAUCUACAGCCAAAUCUCCAGGGGCCUACCACUGGUGACUGAGCGUCAUCGCGCCCGAACUCAGAGUAGUUCUGCAGCAAACGUAGCUCACGAAGCCGCAGAGCAGAAUGUGCCGUUCACCUUUGACGUCGAUAAACUGCUGCUCAGUGGCAUGCGCUGUCUGCUUACGCUGCCCGUCUUAGAGGAAGACUCGCACCAACACACACACCAACACGCACACACAUACACACUCAUGCCCACGCGCACACACAACGGACACUCACACGAGUACGGCUAUUCACACACACACAAUCUCGGGCGGGUGGGAUCGCCGAGUGCAGGACUGCCCAGCGGAGAUAGCGACGGCACCUCUGGCAACAGAGUCAGUCACGUGGCACGGUACAUACGCGAUGGCUACCAGACGGUGGUAGAGGAAACAGGCCAGUUCAUACGACACCCUCCCACGGGCCACCGACUGUCGCCCAUCCUGCUGCAGGAAGGGGAGAGCGAGACACUGACGCACACACACACCUUUCCGAGCAUGUACACACACACGCGCAAGCAGUCACACCCCCACACGGCCCACGUGCACACCGACCUACACGCGCACGCGCCUAUGUACACACCACCGAUCGAUGAGAUGAGAGAGGCCUUGGGUGGCGCCGCGAGCGCGGAAAUGCCACAGAUGGACUCGCGGGAGCAGUCUAAAAAUAGAACAAACACGUGUGCACUGCCCAUGCUGUCGGACACCAACGCGGCGCUGCAGGAGAGUCUGUCGCAGGCGGUGGCGCAUAUGUGUGAGACGGAGAUUGAGCUGAGCGAUGCCGAGACCACUCGGCUGUUUGAGUUCUUCUACAGGUACAAACGGCACCUGAACGAACUGGAGCAUCAGAGGGGCGAGCACGACCACUUUCGCAACACACCCACCCCAGCACAUGCACCUAUGUACACACACACACACACGCACACGUACACGCACACACACACACACCAAGCGACCUAUAUGAAUGCACAGACAGGCGCACACACGAACACACACACACCCACAGCAGCGACAGACGAGUCACUGCAUCCGUCUACGUACACAACGGAGCAUGUGCAAGCACGCACGCCUACGGUGAAGGCUUCUGAAGAGGCUACAUCAGAAACCGCGAGUACUCAUGCUUCACACCAGCACCACACCCACCCGCACGUAUCCAAAGACAUACACUCAAACACACAACAACGCGCAAGUAUGGAUGGCAGUACGUCGGUUAGUGAUGAUGAGGGCCUACAGUUUGUCAGCAAGGACGGAGAGAUGGACACAGCCUCGAUGACGGAAAGAGGCGACGAGAGCAAAGAUAGAGAUGCAGGGACAGAUAGAUAUACCCACACACCCGAAUAUCUGGAGGAGGAAGCGCUGAGAGGCAACUCUCCCGACGCACAGGAUGACAUAGACUGCGGCGCGUGUCUGGUGGUGUUGCCUUACGACUUCAG